AUGAUACCAGUUCAUGCGCUGAGGCAGCUGCGUAGUAGGGUCGUAUUCGUUGGGCUUCCGCACAGGCAUUCGCGAACUGACUCUUAUGCCACGAAACGCCCAUACACACCGAAACUGCAGGAGACAUUCUUUAUUCCUUACUCGCUUAAGGAUGUGUUUCCCAUCCAUCACUUUCGCGGGCUCCGACCUCAAAGGCAGAUGAGGGAAAUCAGUGUGGGUCGCUAG